AACUGUUCUUGUUGCGAUUAAAUGAUUUUUUUUAAUUUUUUUUUUAUUCUUUUUCUAUAAAAACCUAGUGUUGGAAAUGAAAUAUAUCUUUCAAACACAGUGAAAACAAACCCGUAUCACACCGGGAGCUAUUCGCUAUAUACCUAGCUAAUAUUAGCUACUCCCAAUGAAAAAAAAGAAACGUAUGAACCGAGCACUUGAGCUUAGGGUCAGAAACAGCCUAAAAUAUACAUUUCAUGUGGUUAACAACACAGCAGGACAGGACGACCCAGAGAGCGAAGACGAGGUCUACGAGGUGGUGGACCUCACAGAGUACGCCCGGAGGCACCAGUGGUGGAGCCGGGUGUUUGGGAACAACUCCGGGCCGAUUGCUGAGAAAUAUUCCGUGGCCACCCAGAUCAUGAUGGGAGGGGUGACUGGCUGGUGUGCUGGCUAUGUUUUCCAAAGAGUCGGGAAGAUAGCGGCGACUGCCAUUGGUGGAGGAUUCCUUCUUUUACAGAUUGCUAACCACAGUGGUUACGUGCAGGUGGACUGGAAAAAGGUGGAGAAGGACGUAAACAAAGCAAAAAAGCACCUGAAGAAGAAGGCAAACAAAGCAGCCCCUGAAAUAAACACAUUCAUUGAGGAGGUAAAGGCCACAGAUUUUAUAAAGAGGAACAUCGUCCUGUCCAGCGGGUUUGUUGGUGGCUUCUUUUUGGGACUGGCAUCCUAAAGCUGCAGCUCACACAUUACCCUCCCACCUACUGUGAAUCUCAUCACUACAUUUAUCUCCAUACUUUACCUCUUUGCCCCAUGCGUCUCCUGAUUUAUCACAUAAUGAAGAGAGAGUAGGGGUUCUGUUAAAUAUGUAAGCAUGAUCUGUUGUGACAGUGGCACUCCUGCUCUAUCCAAGUGUUUUCUUUUCUUUUAGAUUCUGAAAUUGACCGCUGCGGGUAUCAUUGUAAAUAUUUCAAUUCUCAUCAGAACUGUACAUAUUUCAUACACUAGGAGUGGACAAACUCAACUAAAACCCAAGAAUUUACUUUUUUAUGUUGCUGAAAUAUUAGAAAAGUUAGUUUUCUCAAAAAAAAUUGUGCAUUUUCGCACCACACGGCAUGAUCAAAAUGCUUUUUAAAUGACUGGGUGGUCAUCGGCUGAACUGUAAUUAUGACCAGGCUGUAGAUCAAAAACAAAAUGAAAGUGUCUGGUUACUCAAAAGCAGCAACUUUGACUCAUAAGCCUCUUAUUGUAGUGGUUGUGAGUCCCUUAGCGUCUGUGUAGGUAUAACAGCGUUGUUACGUUAUUUAUAGCAGUCUAACUCUACUCUUAAGUUGCUUGAAUUUUAUUUUUGCCUUUUUUUGUAUAAGUGCAAUAAGCUAUAUCAUUAUUUGUUCUUGAAGAUGUUGCUAAAUCUUAAACUGGUGUUUUUUGCUGUUUGUUUUUAUUUGACAUGAUUUUGAUAACCCUGUUUGUGUUUUAUUUGUGUCUUUUUGGAAUAAAUAUGCUUGAAUUUGUUGAAAUUCACAGUUUUCUUAAAGUUUGCUCUUUGAUCAGGACAUUUACAUAUGCCUCUCACUAGAAAAUAUUUAAUUAGUAGAAAGAAAAAAAACAUGCUCAUACAUCAUUUCAAAGUUCACCAUCACACAACUAUUAAGACCUAUAGAAAAUACAUUGAAAAAUCAAAUACAUGACUCCUCUUCAGAGAGAGUUCAGUUCUAAUCACAAGUUAAACUCAGUAUGAAUGCGUUUCAUUUUAGGUGUGUAAGCUAUUUUAACGUAGCAAAAAUGAUUUUAGGGUGUUAUUUUAGAACUUAUGGACACACAAACAGAUGGAGAAACAAAUGGGAGGACGGAUGGACAAGAUGAAGUGAUGACAAAAAAAACAAAACUGACUUAAACCUGAACA